CCGAGGCGUUGCAAGUUCGCUCGGGCUUGGAAGGUUGAUAACUCGAGAGGUUGAGUGAGAGCCAGUCGGUUCAGCGCCCCAACAUGCGCCUUACGACUCGAAGGUAGAAAUCCGGGAGAGCGCCAACCGGGAAACCCAGGCUUUGGGUUUGACGAGAAAACACCACUCACUCCCAAGAUGCCGCGUACAUACCUCACCGGGCCGACGCCCCUGUACAAGGUGCAGAAACCACCGUACACGAUCGAGGCGCCCGGCGUCCAGCCCGUCGAGGGUGAAACCAUCCCACGCCGCCAUCCCAAGGCGAAGGACGGCCUAGUCGAGCGUCCUGCUCCCGGCGUCAACACCACCUUCGACCUCCUCAAGCGGAGCGCCGAGCACUACGGCAAUGAGCCGGCCAUCGGCAGCCGCAAGCUGAUUCGCACGCACAAGGAGAAGAAGAAGGUCCCCAAGGUGAUCGACGGCCGCAGCACCGAGGUCGAGAAGGAAUGGACCUACUACGAGCUCUCCAACUACUCGUACCUGACCUACCGGGAGUACUUCGAGCAGGUCCUCCAGGUCGGUGCCGGCCUGAGGAAGCUGGGGCUGUCGCCGAAAGACCGAUUGCACAUGUUUGCCACGACGACCCCGCAAUGGCUGGCGAUGGCACAUGCGUGCUCCUCGCAGUCCAUGACCAUUGUGACCGCAUACGACACGCUCGGCGAGAGCGGCGUUGAGCACUCGCUCCUGCAAAGCGAGGCGAACGCCAUGUUUGUCGACCCCCACCUGUUCAAGACCAUCAAGAACCCGCUCAAGAAGGCGGCCUCCGUCAAGGUCCUCGUCUACAACGAGGCCACCCAUCUGCCCGUCUCCGACGAUGAGAUCGCCCAGUUCAAAUCCUCCCACCCCGAUCUGACCAUCCUCUCCUUCGAGGAGCUACGUGCGCUGGGCGAGGGCAACCCGACGGAGCCCGUCUUGCCGAGCCCCGACGAGACGUACUGCAUCAUGUACACCUCCGGCAGCACUGGCCCGCCGAAGGGGGUCCCCGUCACCCACGCCGGCUUCGUGGCUGCCGUCGCCGGCCUGUACACCGUCAUGGAAGAGGUCGUCAGCCACCGCGAGUACGUGCUCGCGUACUUGCCGCUCGCCCACAUCUUCGAGCUGGUGCUCGAGAACCUCGUCAUCUUCGUCGGCGCCACCCUGGGCUACGGCUCCCCGCGGACGCUCGCCGACACGAGCAUGCGCAACUGCCACGGCGACAUGCGCACCUUCGCGCCCACCAUCAUGGUCGGCGUCCCGCAGAUCUGGGAGACCGUCAAGAAGGGCAUCGAGAGCAAAGUCAACGCGUCCGGCCGGCUGACCCGCGCGCUCUUCUGGUCCGCCUUCCACCUCAAGGCCUUCCUCGUGCGCAACAACCUCCCCGGCGCCGGCCUGCUCGACCGCGCCGUCUUCGACAAAGUCCGCGCCUCCACCGGCGGCCGCCUGCGCUUCAUCGUCAACGGCGCGAGCGGCAUCGCCACGCCGACCCUGCACUUCCUCUCGCUCGUCGUCGCGCCCCUGCUCAGCGGCUACGGCCUGACCGAGACGUGCGGCAACGGCGCGCUCGGCUCGCCCCUGCAGUGGACCGCCGACGGCGCCAUCGGCCCGAUCCCCGCCGCCGUCGAGGUCAAGCUGGUCUCGCUGCCGGAGCUGAACUACCUUACCACCCACAACCCGCCGCGGGGCGAGAUCCUGAUCCGCGGCGCGCCGGUGCUCAGGUCCUACUUCCGCAACCCGGACGAGACGGCCCGGGCGCUCACGCCCGACGGCUGGUUCCGCACCGGCGACGUGGGCGAGUUCGACACGUCCCCCGCCGCCGCAGGCCACCUGCGCGUCGUCGACCGCGUCAAGAACCUCGUCAAGCUCCAGGGCGGCGAGUACAUCGCGCUGGAGAAGCUCGAGGCCGUGUACCGCGCCGGCGCCGGCGAUCUUGUGCGCGACGUCAUGGUGCACGGCGACGCGUCGAGCGCGCGGCCCGUCGCCGUCGUCGUGCCGGGCGAGAGGACGCUCGCGCGCAAGGCGGCCGAGCUCGGCGUCGGCGAGUGCGAUAUGUACGUCGACAGGCGCGUGCGCGGCGCCGUGCUGAAGGCGCUGCAGGAUGUCGCGCGGCGCGAGCGGCUCAGUGCGAUCGAGACGGUCGCGGGCGUGGUGCUCGUCGAGGACGAGUGGACGCCAGCGAAUGGCCUCGUCACGGCGACGCAGAAGGUGAACCGCAAGGCGAUCCGGGAGAAGUACGCCAAGCAGAUUCAGGCUUGCAUUGACGGGAAGUAGGGGGACGGUGCCGACCGAGGGACAGCAGAUUUCUCUUGUCUAGUCCAGUUCAUGUCCGAAAUGAUAUUCAUGACCUUCUGAAGCUGGGAUAAGCGCCUGGCGGGAUGGGUC